AUGGGAUCUGGACCUUCUUUAUUUCAGCUCUACGACUCGCGCGCCUCAGCCUAUCUGAAGAUAGGAAACAUCGGCGCCGCUUUAUUGGAUGCUAAGUCGGUUAUCGAGCUUGCACCGGAACAGUGGCAAGGGUACUAUCGUGCAGCACAGGGGUUUCUGCGGUCUAAGAAGCUCGAUAAAGCGAAGUACAUGCUUGACAAGGCGAGGACGAAGGUGGUAACCGGGGAUGAGUCUAGCAGGAAACGCAUGUCUGACUUCGACACGCUGGAGAAAGAAAUCGGUGCAGCGGAGCGAACUGGGGCCACUGCAGGCUCUAGCUCAUCAAAGACCACUCGUUUACUCGAUACAUCUUCUGGCGCACAAAUCUCCUCCCCAUUCUCCAAACUUCCUUGGGAGCUGAUCGUAGCCAUAUUCCUGGAGACAACAUCCACGCCCUCCCAUAUCCAUCCGUUCGGCACAACCCCAACCCCUACUAUCCACGUUUUGCAUCUAACCUGGGUGUGCAAGAGCUGGAGGAGGAUAGCGCACUCCACGCCCCCGUUGUGGCGCCGACUUGCUCUCACCGGAGUUCGUGCAGAGAAGAAAGCACAAUAUUGGAUCGGGCUUGCUGGGGGAAAAAUACAGCAACUGAUAUUGAAGAAAUCCUUUCUUGAAGUGGCCGAGACAUCUCGUUUCGCGGGCAAAGCCCAAUCCUUGGACCACUAUAUCACGAAGAAGGUGUUGAAACACAUGAAGUGGGACUUUCUGCGAAGAUUUACUAUGGACGACUGGUCAAACCAUCGUCGGCUCUUGUAUAAUGACGGGACCUUGACCCGUGUGCUCCCACAGCUGGAGUCGCUGGAGAUGCCGAACGAAGCAUCCGAGCCAGUGCCAUGGAUCACAGUCAUCGCGGCGUUGUCAGCCACUCCUAGGAUAGCUUUCGUGAAAUCUCCAGCAGACGGCAAUUCAGAGGACGCGCAUGAAACCACCUCGCGUACCUGCAUUCACCACCUACUUCUAGAAGGUGGCUUCCUCACCUACGAGAGUUUGUUAAACUCAGGGAUCAACAGCCUUCGUACACUGCGGCUCCGCAAGGUCUCCCUAUCCGGUGACAACGCCCUCAUCAAGGUAUUGGAAUCGAAUCCCGACCUUGAAACUUUGGAACUCGACACGAGGUCACAAUUUAGGGUUACGACCACUGAUCCCCUCUCCAGGCAUCCACCCUUGUCUUCGUCCUUGGCCUACAUCUCCUUGACAGGCCCAAUAGACGUUCCCAAACUCUUCGACUCAGUUAACUUUCCCAAUCUUCGUAUACUGAAAAUCGGUCAUAAUUUCAACUCUAUAAGUCCUGCUCUCCGCAGUAUGACCCAGAGAGCGUCAGAAUUCGCGCCUGACAACGAGGUUCCUUGUUCCGGCUAUGCGUCCCUUGAAGAACUACGGAUCUCUUCUUGUGCCUUCGAACCAAUAGACCUGGUUAGCUUUCUCGGCGCAUGUGCAUCCCUUCGUGCCCUUGAGGUCUCCCGCUGUGGCUUAGACAUGUCUCUCAUCCUAGAGUCAUUAGUUAGGAUUUCAGCAUCCACGUCGUCGUCUUCAGGCGCGGAAAUUACCAUGCUGUGCCCUGCUUUAACCGAGCUCAACGUGUCGCAUUCGCCACAAGUGACGACGGGACCUGUGGUACGCUUGGUCAAAGCGAGGCUGGAUGGAGGAGAUGCUUCUCUGUCCCACCCCGUAUCAGCCAUCGAGCGGUUGACUAUGGAUGGCUGCCUUCGAAUAGAGCACACCGCCUUGCCGUGGUUGCGAGCUCGUGUCAAAACGCUGAGCUGUGUCUACGCGGACAGGAAGUCGGCAGGAUACAAACGUUGA